UUGAGCGGCAGACAAUGGUAAGCCUGGCGCCAGACAGACGAAGAGCGAGAAGUUGUACGACUCGUUAGAAAGGGCAAACCUUAUGAAGGCCAGAAGAAGAGAAUACCCAAGAGGUUUUCCAAUAUCUGUAAUUGGGUUUUUGAGAAUAAGAAUUCUUGGAAUGGGGGCAGAGUGAGAUCCCUGAUUUGCUUUGGCUGUGAGCUAAACCGGGUUGGGGAAAGCCAGUGGUAGCAAAGACGUUAGUUGAUGAAUGACUGGCAGGUACACCUCCACCGGCCACUGCUGUCUGCUAUUUCUUCUUUAAGGAUAUAUCCGACUAUCAAAGAAGUCCAUCCAGCGCGAUGGCAGCGAUUCUUCACCAGUUGUUCUCUGCCAUUCCAUCCCUUGUGCGACACGCGUUGUUUCUAUACGAGCUCAAUGGAAAGGAGCUUCCCAAUCUCUUGGACACUAUGUUUGAAGUACUGUUGAGUGCCGCUGCUGGUCCAAUUGUAACACAAAGUAAUGUGUAUCAUGGACGCACUUGAUGAAUGCGAGGAGGGUAAGCGAGAAUUCCUGAUCAAGAAGACAACCAAUUUCCAUCUUGACUCGAAGAACGCCGCAGACCAGCAACCAAAGUUGAAGUUUUUCUUAACUAGUCGACCGUACUAUGACAUCCAGUUUCAAUUUCAUCUGCUCAUCCAAGAGGUGCUGACCAUUCAUUUAUCUGGGGAUGAAGAAUCUGCAAAUAUCAGCAACUCAACCAACGGCCAGCGAACCAAAGGGAGAUUGAAAAAGCCUGUCUCGGAACUUCCACGUAGUGUCAUGAAAGCCUAUGAUUUGAUCUUGAAAAAGUCUCGAGACAAGAAGCUUGCACGCGACUUAUUGCGUAUCAUUUUCGCUGCCAGAACCCCCUUGACUCUAAAAGAGAUGAGCGUUGCCCUAGCACUUGCGGGAGACCUUAGUUACAGUUCGUACGAAGAUAUGGAUUUGAAGACCCGGAUGUCUUUAGACAAGGGAUCAGCAAUAUCUAAUUUUGUUUACCUCAUUCAUCAAACUGCUAAAGAGUAUCUGGUUGAAAAGGGAAACGAGGACAAGGGCGAUCGGAAACAUUCAUUUUGUCCUCAAGAAUCGGAGACGCUUAUCGCGGGUGUCUGUAUUUCUCUUCUUUCUUUUGAGUGCUUUGCGAAGGACCCGAUUCCAGUUGAAGAAGAUAAAAUGAGCGGUAUCAGUUCUUUCGACCAAGGCCGGAGCAUACAGAUUCCUGUUUCUUAUCUUGAGAGUCACCCUUUUUUGGAAUAUACUACCAUGUAUUGGACCGAUCACUGCAAAUCAUCCGGACUCGAAUCUCAAGAAUCGUGGCAGUCACGUAUUACCACGCUAUGCGAAGCACGCUCGCUGGUAUUUCAAAGAUGGUUUGCAAUAUAUCGAUACACAAUCGAUAAGCAUCUCCCCAAGGAGAUGACGAGUCUAAAUUCCGAAGCAAAAUUCGGGAUUACAAAUAUUCUACGUCGAUUCUUAGAUCAGGGUGAAGAUCCAAAUGAACGUGUUAGCCAACAAGCAACCCCAUUGCAGCGCGUCACAUUCAGGUCAUUUGAAGCAACAAUGAUACUCGUGGAAGCUGGAGCAGGCGUCAAUGCUGUGGGAUGGGAGACCCCCUUUUUCACCGAAGUCGAUGAUCAUGGGAAUGAAAGACAGGUAGGGACGGUCUGUGGUACGCCUCUGUGUAUGGCUGUCUAUGGAGACAAUCCCGAUAUUGUUAGUUAUUUGAUGCAGAAUGGGGCAUCAGUGGACCUUCAGUCAACUGAUGAUGAAGCCCCAAUGGACAUUGUACUUCCUAUGCUGCAAUCGAGAGAUAACGCUAGUAAGACCCUUCAGAUCCUUCUUGAUCACGGCGCAGACGCAAGUUGUUAA